AUGGUAAAAGAUAUUCCAAUAUUUCGAUUUUUAAUUAUGUUUGUUGCAUUUUUCUGUCUAAUGAGUAUAUUUUCGAACUAUACAGUCAUAAAUUUUACAUUCAUUUGUAUGAAGAAUGACUCAUCUGGUAUUAGGACAUCUCCAAAUGGAACUGAAUACAAUAUUUAUGACUAUUCGAGUGAUGAAAAAGCAGAAAUAAUAUGGGCGGUAGCAAUUGGAACUGUACUAGGAACUGUUCCAUAUAAUUGGUGCUAUGUUAAAUUUGGAGCAAGGUUCACAUUUCUCUCGGCUGGAAUUCUCUCAUUUAUAUCGACUGUAUUAAUUCCCACAAUGGCUUCAACCAACUUCUAUCUACUUUUAAUCAUUCGAUUUUUUCAAGGAAUUUCUUAUGCAGCAGACUUUGCAGUUAUUGGAAUAAUUUGUAUGAAAUGGGCUCCGCUUGACGAGAACGCAUUUUUCGUCUCUGCUCUAACGAUAUUCUCACCGUUUGCCACCUCAAUUACGGAUUCGUUAACGGGAUGGUUCUGCACAACAUCUUUUGGAUGGGAAUCUUCAUUUUACGUACACUCGAUUGCUAGUGUUAUCUGUUUUAUUUUAUGGGUUUUUUUAUUCGGAUAAUCCAGCGACUCAUCGAUUUGUUGGGACUCGAGAAUUGGAACAUAUUCAAGAUGGAAAAUCACUUGAACAUUAUGAAACUAAAAGAAUAAUACCAUACUUUGCAAUGAUAAAGAAUCCGGCAAUAAUUUGUUGCUGGUUCAAUGCUUUCAUGGAUUUAUCAAUGUCAAUCCUUCUGAUAACCUACUCUCCAAUAUAUUUCAAUCAAGUUUUGAAAUUUACAAUCGAACAAACUGGAUUUAUUAUCAGUAUAACCAAUUUUGCACAGAUCCCUUUCAAAUUACUCGCUGCGUAUAUUAGUGAUAAAGUUACAUUUAUUAGUCCUCGUACUAAAAUGCUAAUUUUCAAUUUUAUAUCAUGUGGUAUUGUGUCUAUUCUAUUUGGAAUCGUUGGAUUUGUUGAUGAAGCUCAUCGCUGGUGGGCUAUGACCUUGGUUACAGCUGUUAACUGUAUGAUGUCUACAAACUGUGGUGGAUAUUAUCAAUGUGCAAGAUACGUGGCAUUACAGUAUGCGGACGUCGUGAUUGCUGCAAUACAAUUUUGCAAAGCAAUUGCAUUAUUCUUUGUUCCAGCAUUAGUAGCUCUGACAGUUCACGAUGAGAAUAGCCGGGCACAAUGGGCAACUGCGUUUUGUAUUAAUUCAGGCCUAUUGCUUGUGGCAACGUUCACCUCAUUUUUUUUCUUCUCGGAUAAACCAGCUGAUUUUACAAUCACAAAAAAAGCGGAUGAUGCAGAACAAUGUUGCAAACUAUAG